CGCGCGACAUCAUCGUCUCUGACCUCAUCGUUGGCCUCAUCUACCUACCUAUAUAACAAAACACCAAGAACCGUACUGCCCUCCAGCCUUGCCACGAUUCCUUCUACCACGCACCUCUAGGAGCCGUCCCACUCAAUUCCUGUACUUCGAACAUCCCGAAACGAAAGCGUCUCUUUAUUAUCACCCAGCGAAUUGCACUUCCUGAUCGAAUCGGAUCAGAUCGGCUCUGCAAAAAGCAAAGAGAGAACAUGGAUCCAUCCGCAUAUACAUAUCCCUCCCCUCUAGAAGGGUACGAGAACCUGCCACCGCUGCCCGACGAGAAAGCCGAGGACGGGAAAUCCUAUGUCAACCCCCAGACGGGCGUGCUGAGCCCGGCCUACGAGCGCUUUAUAGACCCGCUGGAUAAUGGACGGCGGGGUGCAUUUGAUAUCCACAUCUAUUAUUUCCAGAAAAACCCCACACAGCUGCAAUUCGCACGCGAGCUAUGGGAAAGAAUCCGGAGAGAAUUCCCCGAACUCCGCAUCUACAAAUUCUGGGAAGAGCCCGUAGGGCCGCACCCAAUCGCCAUGUUCGAAGUGAACCUGUUCACGCCCGCCCAAUUCGGAGCUUUUAUCCCCUGGCUCGUGAUCCACCGGGGUCCGCUCAGCGUGCUUGUGCAUCCGAACACGGUGGAUCCGGUGACGGGCGAGCAUGAAGAGGAGGAGCGCGAUCAUACGCAGAGAGCGACGUGGAUGGGCGAGAGGGUGUUGUUGGAUUUGAGCUUGUUCAAGAAGAUCAAGGAGAUGAAGGCUGCGAGGCAAGCGGCGCUGGAGGCGAAGUAG